AUGCCUCUGCGACAGCGACAUCUCCCACAGAUAGACACAGACAAAAUUUACAGUGCACUAAAUCGGCAUAAGGAGUGUCGACAUUUCUACGGCACAUCCUCCAUAUUCGCUUUCUCAUCCGCCAUAUUGUUUUCUUUGGUCGUUCAAUCUGUUUACAAAUUUCUACAAUUGUCACUGAACAGGUCGUUUUUAGGAAAUGACCGAUUUUUCAUAACUGAGUCUCAUGAUGAUCUAUCUAUCUAUCUAUCUAUCUAUCUAUCUAUCUCAUUCUGUUCAGAUCUAUCUAUCUAUAUAUCUAUCUAUCUAUCUCAUUCUGUUCAGAUCUAUCUAUCUAUAUAUCUAUCUAUCUAUCUCAUUCUGUUCAGAUCUAUCUAUCUAUAUAUCUAUCUAUCUCAUUCUGUUCAGAUCUAUCUAUCUAUAUCUAUCUCAUUCUAUUCAGAUCUAUCUAUCUAUCUAUCUAUCUAUCUAUAUAUCUAUCUCAUUCUAUUCAGAUCUAUCUAUCUAUCUAUCUAUCUAUCUAUCUAUCUAUCUAUCUCAUUCUGUUCAGAUCUAUCUAUCUAUCUAUCUAUCUAUCUAUCUAUCUAUCGAUAG